AUAUAUAAAACUAAUAAUUUUUAUAUUUUCAUCAGGCGCCGCAACUAAAUUAUGGUUGCAAUUUACUUAGCUCUCCUGUGUGUGUGCGUUAGUUCUACUGUUGCAGGAAAAAUAUGCAUUUAUAUAUCACACCGCAUAAUCAGAUUAAAGCAAGGGCGGCUACAACCACCUGCAUACGGGAAAACUACUUCUGGAUCUGGCUGAACUAAGUUUGCGGUUACCAACUUGCCAGCAAGCGGUGAGUAAAAUGCGUCGUGUAAAUGCAUUUAGGAAGUUCAAGUUCAUGCACCAACAACGUCUACAAAAAUAGCAAUCACAAAAGCCAUUACAAGGAAGUUUCAUUUCCGCUCUUCUCAAAGAACGUGUGGGUAAGUAUUGGUGUGAGUGAUGGUGGUGGCGUUGCCAAGGUAGCUAACUGUGCGCUCGGUCCAGCUGUGCCUCCUCAACAAGUGGCCGACAUUACAGCAACAAUCAACAGUUCUCGGCGUCUUGCCAACAUACGCGAAAGUAAACAAAGUUUCAGUUUACAUAAACACCGCCCCUUCCUCCCCCAACCGCUUUCAAAAUACUACAGUUGCACCUGAUAAUGGAUUUCGCGCACAUGCGCCGUAACUAAAAUAUUUAAUCGCAUUUUCCUUCGAUACAAAUUUUCCCACAACGGCAUUGACGUCUGUGAGUCAAUUGUCAGUUGAGAAAAUUGCAACAGCAACUGCGGCAUUGCAAUAAGAACUUGAAAUAGUUUAUUAAUUGCGUGGAAUAUAAAACGAGUAUUAAAUAUAAAUUGUGAACACGUUUUUCCAAGUGAAAGUUGUAUAUUAUUUUUGAAAACCAGCAGAAAGUCCACAACAGCCUAAAAAUAUGUAACAUUUCCGUGACAUAUGCUGAGUAGUGACGUCGCACUUUUGCAUAACCGUAGGCGUCGCGUUUCUGGUGCAGAAGCACUCAAUUAAUUGGGAUUUUUCGUAAUCACAAAAUUGGUUUGUAAAGUUCUGUAAAUUUCCGUGAAAAAAAUUAAAUUGUAGUAUUCGGGCUUCCUAAUACCUUCCUGGUGCCUUUCACGUCAAUAUGCCCAGUACGCGUCGCAUUAUACUCGGCCACGUUAUGUCUGGCCUGUGCUCGAAGAUGAAUCGCACGAAGCCGGUGCCCUUGGACGUCAUGGAGACGCCACUGAAGCGUUGCCUCAACACUGUCGACAUCACUUUGUUGGGCAUUGGCCACAUGGUUGGCGCUGGCAUUUACGUCCUCACCGGCACGGUGGCCAAGGACAUGGCAGGCCCUGGCAUAAUACUCUCUUUCAUCUUGGCCAGUUUUGUUUCAAUGUUGGCCGCUCUCUGUUAUGCGGAAUUCGGUACACGCGUCCCUAAAGCAGGCUCCGCCUAUGUCUACACCUACAUUUCGAUUGGCGAAUUUUGGGCAUUUGUCAUCGGCUGGAAUAUACUCUUGGAGCAUAUGUUGGGCGCAGCUUCGGUGGCACGUGCCUGGAGCGGUUACGUGGAUUCGAUGCUUGGCGGUUGGAUAGGCAAUACGACACUUUCCAUAACUGGUGAGCUCCAUGAGCAGCUGUUCGCGCGUUAUCCUGAUGUGUUGGCAUUUUUGGUGUGUCUGGUGUAUGCCGCCGCGUUGGGCAUUGGAGUGAAGGCCACAGCUGUUUUCAAUGGCUUGCUGACUUUGGUGAACAUUGCCGUUAUGAUUUUAGUAAUCUCUGUGGGCUUCUGGUAUGCCGACGCAAAGAAUUGGUCAGAAGCGGAAGGUGGUUUCUUGCCUUACGGAUUUGGUGGUGUUAUUGCCGGUGCAGCAACUUGUUUCUACGCAUUUGUUGGCUUCGAUUCCAUUGCCACAUCCUCGGAGGAGGCAAAGAACCCUACUAUCUCCAUACCGAUAGCUACGCUCCUCUCGCUCAGCGCAGUUACAGUGGGUUACAUAUUAGUCUCGGCUGCACUUACGCUAAUGAUACCGAUACGGGAAAUCAAUCCGGCCGCAUCCUUACCAGAAGCUUUCGGACAGAUGGAUCUACCUUGGGCUAAAUACAUAAUAUCGAUUGGUGCACUCUGCGGCAUGACCACGACACUCUUGGGCUCGUUGUUUGCUUUGCCGCGCUGCAUGUACGCCAUGGCCUCAGACGGUUUACUCUUCAGUUGCUUUGGCCGGAUCAACACCACAACGCAAGUGCCGGUGCUGAAUCUAGUAAUUUCUGGCUUACUAAGCGCGACACUCGCUCUGCUCUUUGAUUUGGAGAAACUGGUCGAAUUCAUGUCGAUUGGCACACUACUUGCCUACACAAUCGUAUCCGCAAGUGUUAUUAUACUGCGCUACCGACCGCUGGCCAGUCAAGAGAAUGCCAUCUAUGCGCCUGAUACUUCCGACGAGGAUGGCGACGACAAUACUUCCCAAUCGAGCAUCGACACCGCCUCACCCACCAGCGACUUGAUCGAAGGCGCACUCGCUGGACGUCUGAAACCGCAAUUUCGUUGGCUCGAACCACUACUGGGCCGUUUUGAACCCGGCGCGGCAGUAUCUGCUUCGGUGCUGCUCUUCUCGGUGCUUAGCUUUGCCAUUUGCUUUCAACUCGAAGUCUCGUGGACUGAACUCUAUACGGGCACAUGGUGGGCGCUACUCCUAUAUGGUUUUAUGAUUUUCAUAGCAGGCGCUUGUGUGGCAGUGAUUGCAGUGCAUCAUCAGAAUACGCGUGGACUUAAUUUCAAAGUGCCGCUCGUGCCAUUCGUGCCGACGCUAAGCAUCUUCUGCAACAUUGUGCUGAUGGUGCAUUUGAGUGCACUCACCUGGCUUCGUUUCUUCAUUUGGGUGGCUAUCGGUAUGUUGAUCUACUUUCUAUACGGCAUACAUCACAGCAAGGAGGGUGAGGUGUGCUCAUCCUAUUCGAUGUUGAUGACGUCUACAGAGGCGGGCAAAUCACACUGGGGUGCCACAGGCGGUGGCUUUACCAUUAGUUUGGGCGGCACUGUUGGAGCAGGUGUUAUUAAGAAGACAGUAAUGCAACGCUUCAUUGGCAGGAAACUGGAGGAUAAGAAACCGAUUGUAGAGGAGGAGGUCGAUAUCGAUGGGGAUGAAAUGGACGAUGAGGGGCAGACUUAAGUUGCUGGAAUGGGGGGGAGGACCUUACAUUUCCGUUACCAUAUAGUAUGACCUUUGAACUCUAUACAGAAUUUACUUUUAUGCAUUUACGGUUGAGCACAAAUACUUAGGUAUAUUUUCGAUGUAUUGAUUUUUUUUAGACCAAAGACUUGUAAAAUAUUUUUUUAUAGCUGUACUUUUAUCAAAUCAACUUACAUACAUACAUACAUACUGAUUUAUUGUACUUAUAGCGACUGCCUGUGGGACACUAAAUUGAUAAAUUUUUAAGAAUGUUUAUACAUACACGUACAUAUAUGUAUGUAUGUAUCAGUAUGUGACUUUUUCUUGAGUCACUUCAUUAGGAGCGCUCACGUGCUCAGUCUAUUGUUGAGAGUGGCAUGAGUAAUCUUUCCAUGCAAGUUCAAACUUGUUCAGUUUUUGUUGUGAUUGCUUCUAUGUUUCAUUUCCACACGAGUUAACGAGAAGGGAAUCACACGCAUACAUACGUACAUACAUAUGUAUGAAUAUACAGGUCUCGACAUGAUUUGUGCGAAAUUUGCAUUUAUUUACGUAACUCCUGUUUCAACUGAUAUGAAUUUGUGGUCUACGUAAAGUGAACGAUUUUGUGACCUAAUCAUUUAAAAAGCCAUUCAAAGUCCACGGAUAAUCCUAAAAUUCUAGUGACCAGCCAAUUAGAAUUUUAUGUAUUAUACACACAUAUACAUACAUGCAUACAUACAUACAUAGUAUAUAUGCAUAAUAAUCAAAGUGUAAUGAUUGAUUAGUGCACUACUUUAUUGAGGUUUCUUGCUAUUUAUAAGUUUAACUGGUUAAUUAUUUAGACACAAAGACAAGAUAAGGGAAAGUAGAGGGAAAGAGGGUUAGAAAUUAAAAAGACAAAAAUAUCAAGCUAAUACUGAAAUAAAUUUAAAUGUUUUGCUUUCUUUUUUUUGUUUAAAAUAUAAAUAAAAAUUGUUUGUAUAAUAUUUUCCAUUACGCUGGUCAAUGUAGUAGUUGUCUUUUGACAAAGCCACUUGAUUCGGCUUAGCGCUUUCCACCUGUUGAGCCUUUACAUAUUUACAGGCCUUUAAAGAAUUAUUAUUUUUUACCUAAGUAAAGUUUCUAAAUGUAUAAAUACUUAAAAUAAAUUUAAAAUAUUUUAUAAAUCUAAAAUAGGUGUGGCGUUAUGUACAAAACAUUUUUUCAUUUAAACUUGAUACACAAUAUUAACUUUUUCUAUCAAACAUCUAAAGGCUAAAAAUUAUUCAAGUCGAAAAAGUGGUUUUGUCAAAAAUUCGCCGAUAUCUACAUAUGUACAUACAUACAUACAAUAAAUACUUAAAUACUUGUAAAUCAUCAGUUCCAAGCACAAAAAGCACAAGUACCUUAAUUUGAUAUUAGUAAGAGAGAAAAGAGAGGAGUGGUAAGUGACUACGGUUUUUACAAUUUCUCGGUUGGAAAUUUCGUGAAAAUUUGAUUUUUUUUUUAAUUUUUAAGUUACAUAUGGUCAUUUGUUGUUUUUAUUAUAGUAUAAAUUAUAUUUAAAAAAAAGAAUAAUUAUAAAAAAUAAAAGCCUAAAUUUAAUGUAAAAAUAAAUAUGAUAUAAAAAUACAAAUAAAAUACAAAUAAAUAUAAUAUAAAAAUAAAUAAAAUAUAAAAAUAGAUAUAAUAUAAAAAUAAAUAUAUUCUGAAAAAAAAGUGUCGGGGUUUCUUCAAUAAACUACAUAAUAUUUAUUAUUCACUUAAAUUAUUUAACGUAUAACUACCAAAGAAGGCACCUUCUAAAUUAAUUGACUUAUGCUAAAGAAUCAAAUUUAUCCACCAACACCAUUUCAAGCGGAUCUUCCGGAAUUUAAAAGCUAUUGCUUCUUCAACAGAUAAAAAGGAAGUAGACGGAAGAAAUGUUUGAGACAAUUUCGCGCAUUCGUUAUAUGGAAGAAAAUGCCAAAGACUUAAAUUCAUCCCUCAAAAAACUGUUCAAAAUCUUUUACCGGAAACGAACUCUCUCUUAUGUUCUCUAACGACUGAAAACGGAAGUGCUUCGAAGUGGCAAUUUGGAUUUUGGAGUGAAAAGGCAGUCGAAACUAUAGUGAGAAGAUUUUUAUGGUGUUACCAAUAUCAGACCGUUAGCCGGCUCUCCGUGAAUUUGACAGAAUCGGUCGUUGGGCUGACGUAGCAGGAGCUACAAAUCGGUUUGUUUACGAAAAAUUUAAGAAUGUGUUAAUGAUUUACGAAAACAAUCAACACAAUGUCACUUCGUUGCCAUCUCAACAACGACUGAUUGGACGAGUGUAUGAAUGUAUGUGAAAUGUUCGUGCAGAAUUCGGCUGGCGAAUCACUCCCGCGACGUGGCAGCCGAAGUUCUCUCUCCUCACAAUUUUGUUUUUCACCAUAGUUAUUGACCAAACCACAUCAGGUGUUUUUGUUUUUUUGAUUGGUGGGUGAGGUAGGGUUCAAAAUGCCUUCGCACUUACAGCGACCGUCGUCUACUGCGCCGUGUGGUGUGGCCACUAAAACAGUCCCUCCUCCUCUCCUGGGGAGACUCCCCUCCCGGAACUGCUUUGUGCAUUACUUCGGGAGGGCCCAGAAUGGUGUCCAUGAAAAGGACCAAUUUUAAUUCACCCACGUCUGGGUCCACCAUAUUUGUAGGUGUGAAUUCUGAUUAGAUGGCAUUUAUUUCACUCUUAGCCUGAAAAAAAUGUGUUAAAAAAGUUUGGUCUUGACAGGUGGUCUGUUAUCAUGGGGCACGAUCCAAGAGACUUUUUUCAAAAAUCUGAUCUCUUCAACGAAUUUGCUCUACCAAACGCCCCAGAUUCCUUAUUUAUCAUUUGAUUUUUUGUUUGGGAAAUUUGACGAUCCCUUUAAACGGACUUUUAAAUAAUAAAUUUCCAGCACAUCUUUGACAGAAUGUAGGCACAUUUUUUUUACUUUUAUUUUUUUUACGUUUUUUUUAUAUUUGUAUUUGUUUUUGUUUUUUUUUUUGCUUUUAUUUUUAGCUUUUUUUAUCUAUAUUUUUGGUUUCUGUCUUAAAAUUGUAAAAGGCGUGGUCAAAGCGAUUAAAAUAUCUGCUAUACGCAUACAUACAAAGAUUUGAAAAAGAAAUUAAAUUAUUUCAUGUCUAUAUAUAAAAUAUGUAUAACACAUACACAAAUAUAAAUAUAUUUUCCCAUAUACAUACACUACAUACAAAUACAUACACAGUAUUACUGUCUAUUAGAAAAUAUAUCAUUUAAAAUAAAAAAUAAGAUUCAAAACUAAAAAAAAAUUAAUUAAAUAAAUUAAAAAUAAACACUCUAUGGCUAAGAGAAAAAUAUUUGUGAUAUGCUGACGCAACUUUGGGGAGCAUAAUAAUUAUGAGGGAAAAAUAUGAUAAAAUUUUUUUUUGUAAAAAUCUAGAAACUUCACAAUCAAUAGUGAUCAUAAUUGAUAAAUAAUAUCAGCAGAAAAAAAGAAACAAAAUUAAAAGAUAAAACAAUAAUUAGUGUUAAAUUUUUAUUAUUAUUAUGUCGCUCCUCAUAUGAGCUCCAGUACUAAGAGAUUUAUUUGAGCUUUAGCUGACUUCGGCGCAGCUCUAAAUUUUUAAUAAAGCAUACUUUAGGGCGAUUUAACACAUAUUUCUCUUUUUACUUUCCAGCAUGAAAUUUUUCCCCAAAGCAAAUUGCGGAUAUUUUUCUCUUUGCUUGAAAAAAAAGUUAUGCAAAUGCAGGAAAAAACUUUAAAAUUAUAUAAACUCUUAAACACAGAUUGUAUUCAUGUACAUACCGUCAAACUUGUACUUGUAAUACAUGAGUGUAUGUGUUAAUUAAAGUAUUAAAUACUACAAUAUAUUGUACACAAUUAUCUAAAUGUGUAUUUGUUAGAAAUUAUUUAUUGGUUUCUUGUUUGGAAUUUAAGAACAAACGUAACCAGCAGCAAUUAUUAAAAUUAUGUAACAAACAAAUAAACGAAAGACAUACAAAAAUUAAAUACGUAUUAUAUAUACAAACAUGCAAGCAUACAUAUGUACAAUGAUGGAAUAAAAAUGAA